UACCCACUAAAUGCAAAAAAUAAAUGAGAAGGUAAACAAAAUGUGCAAUUCGUGGCUAAAAAAAGCAAUUACACCGAAAUGCAAAGCCUCCGGUAGUGAAAAGAAAGUGGCGGAGUUACGGAGCUGAAGCGUCGGAGUGGCAAAACGGGGAUAUCUGUGUGUACACGUUCUCGAGGCUGUUGCUCGCCAGCACAUGAAAAUCAAUAAUUGAAUCAGAAAAUCAAAACACGGAUUUUUGCCCAGAUGCAAGCGGGCCCGCGAUAAAUUAUGCAAUUGUUGCAGCCAUUACCGACCACCUUCCCACCCGCUGCCGUUCCCGUUCUCGGUGUCGGUGUCGGUCUCGUCUUGGCCCCGUUACCAGUUGAUGUAUUCAAAUGCUGAGCUCGAUUUUGGCCGCCGUCGUUGUUGUUGCUGCUGCCACUACUGCCGUGCACGUUGUAAUUGGGUGUCGCGAUGGAGCAGGAAAUCGGCACCUGGGACUCGGUUCUGCUGGAGAACCUGUCCGAGGAUAGCUUUAUUAACAACAUCCACCAGCGCUACAAGCGCGAUCACAUAUAUACCUACAUUGGAACUUCUGUUGUGGCUCUGAAUCCAUAUCAUCACAUAUCCGAGCACUCGCUGGAUAAUGUCCGGAACUAUGGCGAUAAGGGCAUCUUCCAGCUGCCGCCCCACAUAUACGGCCUUACGAACCUGGCCUACCAGUCGCUCAAGGACCAAAGCGAGGACCAAUGCGUACUCCUCACGGGCGAAAGUGGGGCGGGAAAGACGGAGACAUUCAAAAUGAUCGUAAACUUCCUGACCCACAUACAGGAUCGCGCGCACUGCCCUCCCACCCCGAAUGUCCUGCGCAAGCAAUCCUCGACCAGCUCGGCCAGUGGGGUGGUGCUACACGCGCAUAGGCGCGCCUCUAGUAGCUGCUCCGGCACUGCCAACUUUAUCAUUUGCAAGAACAGAGCUGAAAACCCGACCGCGACCGUCAAUUCGCGGCGCCAGAGUCCCUCGCCAGGACCCUCGCAGCGGUCACGAACAAGGGCCGAGAGCAUCGAACGUCAGACAAGACGCCACAUGCGCGAGAAGAUCGUAGACUUUGACUUCUCGCACCAUAAAAGCAGCGAAAACAUCAGUGGCCUGCUCGAAUCGCACGCUCACCACUUGCAUCCGACCAAGUCGUGUUUCAAGCACCAGCAGACUCAAGUCGGCGCCUGCAUUGCUACGCCCUCGGCUGCUGCCAAGGGGUCCCCCAAGUAUGCCGUGCCCUCUUUGUCUGGCUACGGAGGCUGCCGCCAGUGCGGCCACAGCAAGUGCGUUCGUGCCCAGAGUCUGGAGAAGGAAGACCGUGCUGAGCUCCGUGGCAGUAACAGUCGUUUGUCCACCAUCACUGCCACCCACUCAGCGCAUCCGCACCGUGGCAGCUGCUCUAACUUAAUGCGCCAGCACUCGACUGAAAGUCAGCCGGAGCGGGAAAGGGAUCGGAGCUCCCUUAUGGGAUCGACGCAACGUAUAUCGCUGUACGAUGCACACAAACUGAGCAAGGUGCUGGGCGACCUGCCGCCCCCGCCGAGUUCAGUGUCACCCACGCCCUCGGCCAGCUCUUCGCUGCACAGGCGCCACAAGUCGCCAACGCAGAGACUGCGUGAGUGCGUCACCUGUGCGGAUGUGUUCCUGGAGGCCAUGGGCAAUGCCUGUACAUUGAAGAAUAAUAACUCAAGUCGAUAUGGCAAAUUGUUUGAUAUUGAAAUUGACUUUAAGGGCGAUCCAAUGGGAGUGCACAUAACUCACUAUAUGUUGGAAAAGACCCGUAUAACGGACACCACCAUGGGAGAGCGAAACUUUCACAUAUUUUACCAGUUGCUACUUGGUGCUGAUCUCCAAUUGCUAAAAUCGCUCAAGCUGUACCGGAAUGUGGAGAAAUACGAGCUGCUUCGCAACACAACUGCCAUGGAGGAAGACCGCAUGAAUUUUCACUAUACCAAGCGCUCUCUGGAUGUUCUGGGCCUUAGCUGCGAUGAAAUAAGCUCUAUCUUUCGAGUCAUAGCUGUAGUGCUAAAGCUAGGCAAUUUCAUUUUUGUGCCUAUCACCAACAUCGAUGGCACCGAGGGCUGUCAGGUGUCCAAUGUUUACGAGCUUCAGGAGACAGCACAGCUUCUCAAUAUGGAGGCUCAGAUUCUGAUCAACUGUUUAACCAGAGCGAACAGUUCUAACAGCGCCCAGGAGGAUGUGGGCUGCGAAAUGGACGCCAGGCAGGCGGCCUGCAACCGGAACACGCUAUGUCGCACUCUCUACAGCCGUCUUUUUACAUGGCUAGUCAACAAAAUUAAUGAGUCUUUAAAAUCGACGCAGCGCGAGAAGAACCUGGCCCUGCUGGACUUUUACGGAUUCGAAGUGCUUGACCACAACUCCUUCGAGCAGUUUGCAAUAAAUUAUAGUGCGGAAAAGAUCCAUCAGAACUUUGUUUUCCAUGUUCUGCGCUCAGAGCAAGAGCUCUACAUCCGCGAGGGAAUGGAGUGGUCGCGGAUUGACUACUUCGACAACGAGUCCAUUUGCGAGCUGAUUGACAAGCCAAGCUAUGGCAUCCUGAGCCUAAUAAACGAAUCCCAUCUAAACAGCAACGAGGCCCUUCUCUUGCGUGUUCAGCAGUGUUGUGCGGGGCAUCCCAACUUCAUGACUACCGGCAGCAAUUCCAUGUGCUUUCAAAUUCGACACUUUGCCAACGUGGUGAACUACUCAAUACACCGGUUCCUCGAGAAAAACUCUGACGUCCUGCCCAAGUACAUCAGUGCCGCGUUUUACCAGAGCAAGUUGUCGCUAAUACAGAGUCUGUUUCCCGAGGGCAAUCCCCGCCGUCAAGUAACCAAGAAGCCAAGCACGCUGAGCUCGAACAUCCGUACCCAGCUCCAAACCCUGCUUGCCAUCGUGAAGCAUCGCCGCUCCCACUACGUUUUCUGCAUUAAACCCAAUGAGGGUAAGCAGCCUCAUCAGUUUGACAUGGCACUAGUGCAGCACCAGGUACGCUAUAUGUCUCUGAUGCCACUGGUCCACUUGUGCCGCACCGGCCAUUGUUACCACCUGCUGCACGUCAAGUUCUUUCACCGCUACAAGCUGCUCAAUAGCCUGACCUGGCCGCACUUCCACGGCGGCAGUCAGGUGGAGGGCAUAGCCCUGAUCAUCAGAAACCUGCCGCUGCCCUCGGCCGAGUUUACAAUAGGCACCAAGAAUGUGUUCGUGCGCAGUCCGCGCACCGUUUACGAACUGGAACAGUUCCGCCGCCUGCGCAUCAGCGAGCUGGCCGUGUUGAUCCAAAAGAUGUUCCGCAUGUACCACGCUAGAAAGCGCUACCAACGCAUGCGACAGAGCCAGAUGGUCAUCUCAAGUGCCUGGCGCACGUGGCGGGAGUGCCGAUUUGGCAUUCCCUUCACUGGUCGUAGGCAUUUAUGGAGUUUAUAUCGUGUCGCUCGCGAAGAGUAUCGGUCUCUUAAGUACAAACGCCAGGUUAAGUGGGCCAUCGACGUGAUAGGUCGCUACUAUCGCCAGUGGAAAAUCCGGCAGUUCCUGUUGACCAUACCCCUUCGACUGCCUCCGAACACGUUGAGUCCGCUUUCCACGGAGUGGCCAGCAGCUCCAGUCUUUCUCGCUGACGCCUCGCGGCUGUUGCGGUCAAUCUACCAUCGGUGGAAGUGCUAUAUUUACCGCAACUCCUUCGAUCAGACAGCGCGCAAUCGGAUGCGAGAGAAGGUUACAGCUAGUAUCAUCUUUAAGGAUCGGAAAGCCUCCUAUGGUCGAAGUGUGGGACAUCCUUUUGUGGGCGACUAUGUCAGACUGCGCCACAAUCAGCAGUGGAAGAAGAUGUGCUCCGAGACAAAUGAUCAGUACGUGGUUUUUGCGGAUAUAAUCAACAAGAUAGCGCGCUCCAGCGGCAAGUUCGUCCCCAUUUUGUUGGUCCUGUCCACCUCCUCGCUGCUGCUGUUGGAUCAAAGAACGUUGCAAAUCAAGUAUAGAGUGCCUGCGUCGGAGAUUUACCGAAUGUCGCUAAGCCCCUAUCUGGAUGACAUUGCUGUGUUCCAUGUGAAGGCGUCGGAAUUCGGCCGCAAGAAGGGAGAUUUCGUAUUUCAAACGGGGCACGUCAUUGAAAUUGUUACCAAAAUGUUUUUAGUCAUUCAAAAUGCUACAGGCAAACCGCCCGAGAUACACAUAAGCACAGAAUUUGAAGCCAACUUUGGCCAACAGACUGUCAUCUUCUCGUUCAAAUACGGCGGCAUGUCCGACUUAGCACAAGGCCCACCCAAGGUCACGCGAAAGGCGAACCGCAUGGAGAUAAUUGUGUGAUCCGCAGGAGAAUCAGACGGGGAAUCUAUUAGGGACAGCUCUUCGCCUUAGGUGAAACGCGGGUUGGCGUUAUCCGACUCCAUGAUUCUCACCAGUCAUCAUGCAAUUGCAAUCUAUAUUUGUAUUGCUCUUUGCUGCCGUGUUGAGGUAUCUCGACUUUUAUAUGUGGUCCCAGGGAUCAAAAUACAAUUUUAGCAAUAAUAUACUUAACUCUCACACUCCCACACUCAAGACAUACACACACACUGAAACACAAUAUAGUUUUGUUCACAAGUGACAAUCAGAGUAACCCAUUUGUUGUCAGAAUUGUGCCAAAAAGCGAGGAAACUAGAUGUGUGCCAAGCGGAGGAGUAGAACAAUGAGCGAGCUAAUUUUAAAAAAAGCACUUUAUUUUAUUUAAAGAGAUGCAACUAACGAAGUGAACAACUGAAUUUAAGCCUCUAAUUUCUCGUGCUAGGUUUAAGAGUAAUAGGUCGUGCACCAAAUCAGUCGAUUAGCAUUGCAACAAUACAAGUAUGAUCCCGACCGGGAUCAGAAGCAGGCGUAGGUUGAGAUGGAUUUUACACAAACUAUGAUAUUUCCGUUAUAUAGAAACCAAGGCAUUUCUCUUACAUUUAAGGUUUCAUACACAAUAAUUAGUGAACUAAUGCUAGAGAACAGACAGACAGACAUAUAAACCUCUCUUUAUAUACCGGAAACACAAAUGACCCCAUACAAGUAUAUAUGCAAUUUGAUGCGACUUAGCGAGAACUUUUCCCAAAAACAAUAAAUGUUAAACGACUAUUUACAAAAGCAAAGCAAAGAAGAG